UGAUCAGGACAUCACAUCUCUGUCCUCUCUCUCUCUUUGUCCCAGUCUAUGUCUCUGUCUCUCUAUCACUCUCUCUCUCUGUGUAUUUGAAUCAUGUCCAGUCUCAGUUUCCUCUCUGUUUAUCUGAGUGGAGCCUCAGUGAUCCUGCUGCUGACUGUGUCUCAGGCUCAGGACUACGACUUCACACCAGCUCCAGAUUACGACACCGACUACAACGCCACCUUCGAUUACAGUUUCUACAGUAACACCAGCAGUGAGGAUCUGGAGAAGUUCAGUGAGCGAUUCAUCGACCAGGGUGAGGAGGAGGACACAGGAGGAUGGCGGGAGGAAGAGGGAGUAACUGUUACCACGGCUACCACCCGAGUAACCACCGGGAGGGGCGAUGUCGAUGUUCAUAAUGCUACAUCACUUCCUGUUACUCUGGAAAUCAGGACGCUCGUCUGGACUCUGAUGAUCCUGAUCAGUCUGAACCUGCAGCAGCUACAACACACACUAUGAGAGCAGACACACACUCAGCAGAUGUUGUUGGGUGUGUCUGAUCCAGCAGAAACCAGCGAGGGUCACCUGAUCCAAGGUGGGAGGGGUCGUAGCCUCCUCUGUGACCUUUGACCUCAGCAGAAAAGGACUCCUCCUGGACAUACCUGUCUGUCACCUCAGCAUGGGACCAGGUGGAACUCGGCCAAUCACAAACCUUUAUCAGCACCUCAGUUCUUCUAAAUGUAAAAACUUUUUCACAUAUCAACGGGAUGUUUUUCACAGUUUAUCACUUUAUUAUUUGAACAAUGGAGAAACAGAACAGAUGCAAAAUAUUACUAUUAUUUUACAUGGUGGGUCAUCUAUGUGAGUAUGGGAGCUUAUUGAUGACAAAACUGUUGACUGAGAGCGAAGUAAAACCCGACCUGAGGGCUGCCGAGCACAGCCAGAACGAACAAGGAUCAUUAGACCAGAUCCAGAAUGUGUUCGACUUGAACAGAGAGAAAACAAACACCAGCAGCACGAUGAGCAGCAAUGUAACAAUAAUCAUAAUAAUCAAAUGUAUAUAAAUCAUUUAAAGUCAUGUUUCCACCUCCUGCACCAACAAUGAAACAUUAUGUUUUAGCUUCUUGAGCGACAGAUCGACGUACGACGCUCCAAGCUGUUUCGUGUCUGUCAAUCAUUUCUUAAAAACUGUCAUUUAACAGCAGAAAUCAGAUUUUCCUAAAAUAAGCUCAACUUCGGUUUCCUCUCACCUGGAAAACACCUGACACACGCUCGGGUCCAUUCAGGUCCUGGACACUCACUGACACACGGACCCCAGACCCACAGCAGAAACCCUCAGAUGAACCGGUUAGCAUCAGUUUAGAGAGUUAUUCAUCUGCAGGAUUAACACUCUGAUUAAAUUCACAGCUCUGACUUUAAAAUAUCCGUUUCUCUCUUUGUUCUGAUUUCUUGUUUCUUGUUUAGUUUUGUCAUGAAUGAGUCUCCGUACUUUAGGUGCUGUAACUGAGGAGGAAAAUCAUCUUCUGUUGUGUCAGUUUUUUAGUUUCAUCUUCUCCGACUCAUUAAGCUGUUUUCUCUCCACAAACAUUUUCACAUCAGUUUCACUGUGAAUCAUUGAGCAGCACUUUGGAAAAAAGCAGCACUUAUCAGUUUAUUUUAUCAUGUUUUUAUUUGUUAUAAAUUGUUCUGAGUAAACGUGUACAAAUAAGAAUAAAGUCAAAUAUUUACAUGAACCUUUGCUAUGACAAACCAGUUUAGCUCAUAUUUUAAAUUUUAAACCGUAAACUGAACUAUUUGCUGCUCGGCCCUGUCAAAUUAAAAGUCCUGAGAAAUAUUACUGCUUUUAUCCUGAAAAACCUUUUGACUGUUUGUGUUACUGGAGUUUAUUAUUCAAAUAUUUGAAUGUUGGAAACUGAACAAAAGCAGGAAGAAAAUAAAAGUGUUGUUUCCGGAGCAGAAAUGGAAAAUAUAAAAGUUUAAGUGUUUAUAAUGUUACAGUAAAUAAUGGAAAUAUAUUUUCUUUUCAUCAAAACACAAACGAGUAGAAAACAAAAACAUUUAAUGAAUUUCAGAACAAUCUAGAACAGAUUUAUACUUGCUUUAUUGUUUAAUAUUUGCUUGUUUGCGUUUUUCAAUAAAAUGAAUAAAAACAUA